AUGGCUCUCUACAACAAUGGGGCCGACGUGCCUUCGCCCCAGGAAGCCUCCAACGGCUUCUCGCAGCCCGGCGCCUCGGGUACGUGGCACAAGGGCGAGGAGGAGGUGCGGCUGGUGGAACCCAGCCUGGUGAAGAAGGCUCACCGGGAAAUCCUGGACCACGAACGCAAGCGGCGGGUGGAGCUGAAAUGCAUGGAGCUGCAGGAGAUGAUGGAGGAGCAGGGGUACUCCGAAGAGGAGAUCCGGCAGAAAGUGGGGACCUUUCGGCAAAUGCUGAUGGAGAAGGAAGGCGUGCUCACCAGAGAGGACCAGCACGGGCGCCAAAUCGUGAUAGAGAACCAUCACGGGACAGACGGGGAGGAGUACGUGGUGGAGUACCCCGACUAUGGUGAGGGCUGCCUGCUGCAGUGCGACUGCUCGGCCGAGUGCUACCGUGAGGACAGCGGCCACCACGAGUACAGGCUGAAAAGACGCUCGAGCAGCUCCACCUCUCCUCCGCCCAAGAAGAAAAAGAAAAAGAAAUCGGGUCACCGCCGGAGCCGCAAAAAGAGAAAACCUGGCUCGGAGCGCAGCUGCGACAGCUCUUCACCCAUCCGCAAGGAGAAGAAAAAGAAGACUGGAAAGAAACACAGACGCGACAGGUCUGAGUCGGGGUCACGGAAGAAGAGAAGACACAGGGUGAAGGAGAGGCACCACCGGGGCCGGCCCAACAGCAGCUCGGAGUCGUCGGCCAAGCACUCCCGGCACGCCUCGGAGCGGAGGAAGAGCCCGUCGCCCAGCCCCGGCCAGCGCAGCAGCUCCUGGAGCUCCAGCGGCUCCCAGCCGCGCCGCUCCUGCUCGCCCUCAAAAACCCCCAGCCGCUCCUGCUCGCCCUCACCAAAAAAACCCGCCAGCAGAGAGAAGGACAACGAGCCCCGAACACGCCACGGUGACCCCGAUCCUGCCCGCGCCCGGCGCCGCUCCAGGAGCUACUCCCCCAUCAGGAAGAGGAGACGCGACUCCCCCAGCUUCAUGGAGCCCAGGAGGAUCACGAGGAUGGCCGGCUGGGCGAAUCAGUUGGCCCAGACAGACGGAUAA